GGGGCUAGGCCGCGUGCUAACCUUUGUCACACUGAGAAUGGGGAACUAACUGGAACUGGAACAUAGGCAGGACAAAAAGGGGGGCUCCGGCCCUCCUCGAAGUGCAAGUAAAUUUAGAAAAGCAGAAGGUACAUUGACAGGGUCGCGGUGACAUUAAGCUUACGCUUGACAUGCGGGGACAUAACAAGGGAGGGGGUCGCUGACGCUGCUUAAUUGCAACAUAAUAAGAUAAGAUAAAAGGGAACGGGUGUGGGGACUAACACUAGCAGUUACAAAACAAUAGUUGCAUGUUACGCUAACUGGAGAGUCAACAACAAGAACGGCAAACGCCCUGUUUGGGUUAUAAAAACCAGACCCUGACAAAAGAUAUUGAGCUACUCUUGGUUCAGGAAACGAGACCAGGGGCCCAGCCAGCCAAGCCACAUACAGCGGAGUGGGUCCUUCUGAAGGUCAUCAAAAGGAAGUGGUCAGAGCCCAGGUGGACCGGCCCCUUCCAAGUCACGGAACGGACGUCUCACGCAGUGCGGCUGAAAGGCAAAGGUGAAACCUGGUACCAUUGGAGCCAGUGCGCAGCGGUAGCAGAGCCCAGCAGAUCACUCGCCGAGAUCCAGGAGGACCUCGCCGACAGCGCAAAGCAACCCGGUUCGGCUGAACCGGCAGUAACUCAGGUCCCAGCAGUAGGGGCAGAAUAAUCCCCUGACCUGAGGCAACCAGCAGGGUAGUCCACCCCUGACUGAAAGAAGACGACUACACCUCAUCCACCAGAGAAAGAUCGGGACCAGGAUGACGAUGAUCAAGAUAAAAAGGGGGACUUUGGGGGGAAAACAAGUAAUGUGUGUGAUAUAUAUCCUUACUAACCCGCUGAUGUUAAUGCUCAUGCUCUCUUCCACUGCCCAGGCUCUCCCGUGGGGAACACCGACCAGGUGCGAGGAUAAGUGGGGGGGGCUACUGUUGCGAUACACGAAAGGGACCCCCACCACGUUCCUGUUUGACCUUUGUGACGUGAUUGACUGUGGGGGCCAAAAUGCCUCCUACAGGGGGUAUGACGUAUGGUUGUGCGAUUCCCAAAGGUUCAAUGAGGCGUGUCAGGAGGGGUGGAGUAGCUUGGAGUCCAUUUGUGCCUGGUGGGAACAGGUGGCCAAGUACACGGGACCAUGGGUACCCACCGGACCUAUCCAGUACGCAGACUGGUGGAGGAACGUGUCCUUCUCUAGAGAAGGGUACACCGGGCAUUCCGGGUUGAACCCACUGGCCCUUUCAUUGGGGAAUUACCAGUCUGGCUCGGAUGGGGCCGACAUGCUGUAUGUCCUCCUAGGGGUGGACCAGUCAGGGCGAGACCCUUUUGGGGUGCUCUGGAUCCAGUUCAUUGACCCGCCUCCCCCGGACAGACAGCCUGACACCCCCAGGGACAGGGUUCUGCCUGUUGUGCCUUUCCGGCCCAAAAAUGACUCCAGGGUGUUACAGGUGAACUAUAACCGGCUGAAUCCCCGAGAUGUUAUCGAGCUAGCAACCGGAUAUACGGAUAGGAACAUCUGGUUAGACUGGUUAGAGCAGACCGCCAGAGAACAGUGUAUGGAGGGCUGCGUGGCCUGUGCAGCUGCCAGGCCCCAACUAUUUACCGAACCUGCCCCAUUCCAUCUAUCAGACCCUUGGGGAUAUAGCUGUAUGCUUGCCCUGACCAGGGAGGUUAAUCCUUUGGGGUGUGAUGCUCUGGCCGCCCUCUAUCCGCCUAUCGAUCCCCGAACCAGACCAGGGCCCUUCACACCCCAGAAGGCUGGGGGCCGGUACCUCUGCUUCAACUUCACAGGCACAGGGCCCCACGUCGGUGACAUCCCUACUGAUUGGUGCAUGUGCAUCCAACAGGAUGGAUCAGGCCAGAUCGGGCAUGUAGCCCGGGCAGGGCUAUUCUGGUACUGCGGACAAGACAAACUCCGAGUUCGGAUGUCGUUUAGCGGGGUGGGAUUGUGCGCCAUGGUAAGGCUGGGGGCCCCUCUGACUCUGAUAGGGGAACGGUCACCUAGAGAGGUGAAGGUAGAGGGGACCCCCGGCCGGGAAAAACGGGGCGCUCACCAUUUCGACCUGACUGUAAAUUCCGUGACAUACAUAGAUGCCAUCGGGGUCCCGAGGGGUGUCCCAGACUAAUUUAAACUGGCCAACCAAAUCGCGGCCGGAUUUGAGAACCUCCCGAUUUUUUCAGCUGUUUUUCCCAUAACCCCAAACAAGAACGUGGACCGCAUCAAUUAUGUGCAUUACAAUGUGCUUCGUCUCUCCAAUCUGACACGUGACGCAGUCGAGGGGUUAGCGGAACAGCUGGGCCCGACCUCCCUGAUGGCCGUACAGAACAGACUUGCACUGGACAUGGUGCUGGCGGAGAAAGGCGGUGUUUGUGCCAUGUUUGGGGACGUCUGUUGCACUUUCAUCCCCAAUAAUACGGCCCCGGACGGGUCUGUCACCAGGGCACUGGAGGGUCUCCGCACCCUCUCUUACACCCUACAUGAGCAGUCUGGUAUCGUGCACGUGUGGGAGGACUGGAUCGCCUCUAAGUUCGGGCAGUGGAAGGGACUAAUCGCUUCGCUACUUAUAUCAAUCGCUACGUUUCUCGCAAUAACCGUUACCUGUGGAUGUUGUUGUAUUCCCUGCCUGCGGGCUCUCGCUGUCAGACUGAUCACCACCGCCAUAGAGAAAAAGGCUGAGGAACCCCCUGACACGUAUGUGCCCAUGAUGCCUCUGCUACCGAUUAAAGAGGUGGGGGAGUUUGAGGAGGGGGUCAUCGGCCUGUCUCUGGUUAGUCUGGAGCGCCCUCUGUAAGUAGUGAUCUCCUUGCGGAGAUCAAAAGGGGGAUACCGCAAAAUUUCGCACAAAGCCAUCCAAUCAUUAGAACCUGUAGUGAUCUCCUUGAGGAGAUCAAAAGGGGGAUACCGCAAAUUUUCGCGCAAAACAAUUUAAGCAUUAAAACCAGUAAUGAUCUCUUAGUAGAGAUCAAAAGGGGGAAUUGAAGGGGGGCUAGGCCGCGUGCUAACCUUUGUCACACUGAGAAUGGGGAACUAACUGGAACUGGAACAUAGGCAGGACAAAAAGGGGGGCUCCGGCCCUCCUCGAAGUGCAAGUAAAUUUAGAAAAGCAGAAGGUACAUUGACAGGGUCGCGGUGACAUUAAGCUUACGCUUGACAUGCGGGGACAUAACAAGGGAGGGGGUCGCUGACGCUGCUUAAUUGCAACAUAAUAAGAUAAGAUAAAAGGGAACGGGUGUGGGGACUAACACUAGCAGUUACAAAACAAUAGUUGCAUGUUACGCUAACUGGAGAGUCAACAACAAGAACGGCAAACGCCCUGUUUGGGUUAUAAAAACCAGACCCUGACAAAAGAUAUUGAGCUACUCUUGGUAUGUACUGUUUUGUGCAUCGAAGUGUGCUCCCUGAUUGCAAUCUGUGACGUCAUUAAAGAGAGCUGACUUGCAACCAA